GGCUUUGGUGCUAGACCCUAGGUCCUAGGUCAUCUCCAUGGGAAGUGUACUACAUUGGUGCUCAAAGAAACCCAAGUUUAGUCAUAAAACCAGAACCUUCACAUGGGGCCUUACCUCUCUGAAAACUACUCUGUUGCUGGCUAUGAACCUUUUACUAUAUCAAAUUUCACAAUCUAUCUUCGUAUACAUGUGAAAUGUAAAUCUGUCCCUCAUUUUGUACCUCUCUCUGAUUUAGUUCGUUUGCAGUUAGUGGUACACUGGUACUUACGCCAGUCCAUCUUAAAUUAGCACCUGCAAAGCUCAUUUCACGAAUCGUCGUUUUUUUUGUUUCUGCAGCACGAUAGCAUAAGGAAACUGGUGUUUAUUGUUUCAAUAUUUCUGAUUAGUUUCCCUUUGUCAAACAAUUGAACUUCAGGGCUUUCAAGGUAGAAAAAGAAGAUUUCUGUUCAGUCAUGGCUUUCCCAACUCCAGCAGCAGUUCUUGUUGAUGAGAACAUGCAUAUACAUAGAGGCAAGAGGGCUGAUGCACCAAGGGCCAAACCACUGAAGCCAUCAGAGAAGAAGCCUGGGCUUCAAGAGCGGAAGGCUCUUCAGGAUGUGUCCAACUUUCCCAACGGCACUGCUCUGAAGGACAGAUCCAUGAAAGAAAAGUCCCAACAGCGGAAGGCUCUUCAGAAUGUGACCAACACAAUUCAAAGCAAGGACAGGCCCACCUUGAAAGAACAGAGAUCUACCUUGAAAGAAAAGUCUACUCUGGGCAAACAUGACGUGAUUAAGAACCCAAUGAAUGUAUUAACUGAUGAAGAGAUCAAAAAAUGCCAUGAAUGGGCUAAGGAUGGUGUGGAGGGUGCUCACUUCUAUGAUCAUCAGAAGGCAGAUAAGGAUAUGCAAGACAAACGUGUCAAGAAGAAAGUGGCGAAUGUGAUGCCAGCCUUGGAUGGCUGGUCAAAUAUGGUAUUUGAUCGUGUGAUGUUUCCAGCUAUGGAGGUUGACAAGUUCUUUGAGGAAGAGCUGGAGCUGGAACCAGAGAUUCUCCCAGACAUCAGUUGGGGUCUUUCUAUCUCAGGUGAUGAAGCAAAGUUGGCUGAAGAUUCUUUUACUGAUGAUGAGCUCGACCAGUACCCAUCUCUGGACAACCAUCCGGUUAUGUUUGAGCUGAGAGACGAGCCAGCGAUCCCGCAGCUAGGAGUGCACUGAAGAGUUGCCAGCCGAGGCUGAAAGCUCUGCUUCUGCUGAUUCUUUCGCGACGCCGCUUGCUCUGGGAGCAGUCCAUGUAGUGUCUAGACUCUAGAAUGCUUGUUGUAGGCCUGAUGUUCUUCCUCAGCUAUGUUCUGGUGGAUGAGUGAUGUAGGAUUCACAGUUCAGUAGUACUGUAGUGUACCUGUUGCAGCGGAAGCGACCGCGCUUCCUCUUUGUUGUGCUUUUGCUGAAAGUCUGAAACUCACCUCCUAGUCAUUCUUUGCAUUUUA